AUGGCUCCUCUAGUUUGGACUCUGACGCUGCUGGUAGGGGCUGCUUGGGGCCAGGACCAAGCACCUGCCCCUAACUCUCUGGACUGGAAACCGAUGGUGCGCACUUCGAGGGAGAGCUCCAUUCUCACGAAGUGUGACUUUGAAGAUAGCACCAGACCUUUGUGUGACUGGUCUCAAAUGUCCUCGGAUGAUGGGGACUGGAUUCGAACGGCUGGGCCCUCCCCCACUGGCACUUCUGGCCCCCCCGGGGGCUACCCCAAUGGAGAGGGCUAUUACCUGCACAUGGAUGCCAGCACCUUCCCUCGGGGUGGAGUGGCACGCCUGCGCAGCCCGGACAUAUGGGAGCAAGGCCCGCUCUGCAUCCAUUUCGCCUUCCACAUGUUUGGGCUGUCAUGGGGUGCGCAGCUCAGACUGAUGCUGCUCAGGGGUCGGAGGCACCACCGGCCCCACGUGCUCUGGAAGCAUGUGAACACCCAGAGUCCCUCCUGGAUGCCCACCACUGUCGCCGUGCCCGCGGAUCGUGAUAUACCGAGCUGGCUGAUGUUUGAGGGCACGAGGGGCAACACCGCCUACCUGGACAUCUCUCUGGAUGGCCUCUCUAUCCGGAAGGGCACCUGCAAUCGGAUAUGCAUGUCCCAGGUGUGCACCUUUGAUGCUCUAAACAAUCUCUGUGGCUGGAGCUGGGUCCCAACUGCCACUGGGGCCAAGUGGACUCAGAAGAAGGGAUCGUCAGGGUUGCUGGGUGUGGGACCUGAUGACGACUUCUCUAGCCCUGGCAGUGGCUACUACAUGCUCCUGGACCCUACAAAUGCAAGACCAGGACAGAAAGCUGUACUUCUGAGUCCCCUGAGCCAUUCCAGUGGCUGCCUGACCCUGUCUUUCCAAUACAUAAUGCGUGGCCUGUCGGCUGGCGAAGGUCUUUUUGCCUAUGCUUCAUUCUUAGGCAACAUCCGGAAACACACUCUCUUCUCAGGACACCCUGGACUCAACUGGCAGUCUGUGUCUGUCAAUUAUACAGGACAGGGACAGAUACAGUUCAUACUGGUGGGUGUGUUUGGAGAGAAGCCAGAGCCAGCAAUAGCUGUGGAUUCCAUCAGCAUUUCUCCCUGUGGGGAGGGCUUUCCCCAGUGCAACUUUGAAGACAGAGUUCAUCCUUUCUGUGACUGGAACCAGGUGAUAGGAGACGCUGGACACUGGAACUGGGGGAGUAAAAGUGUACCCACCCCAAUCUCAGGACCCCCAAGAGAGUUCCCAUAUGGAGGGGAGCAUUAUAUUUACUUCGAUUCAGUCAUGUUACCCGAGGUGGGACAGUCUGCCAGACUGGUGAGUCCACCCUUCUGUGCCCCUGGGGAUGUCUGUGUGGAGUUUGCUUACCACAUGUACGGCCUUGGAGAAGGUACCACGCUCAAGCUCUUGUUGGGGAGUCCUGCGGGCAGUUCUCCCAUUUCUCUGUGGAAACGUGUUGGGUCUCAGAGCACUGGCUGGGUGAACAGCUCUGUCACCAUCCGUAAGGGACAUCAGCAGCCCAUGCAGUUGCUGCUUGAGGCCACCCGGGGUACCAGCACUGCCUUUGUCGUCGCUGUGAACUUCAUCUUGAUCAGUCAUGGACCGUGUCGAGCUAAGAUAAAAGUCGAGGGCCCAGCUUCUUCCCUUCCACCUACCGGCUCUUCUGAAACCAUGGUCCCUAUGCUCCCCAUAGAAACAACUGUUGUCCCUACUGAAGAGACCAUGGCCUCCACAGAAAGAACCAGUGUCCCUCAUGAGGAGACAACUGUUCCCACAACAGUGGUCACUGCUGCAACAGACGUGAUCACCUUCACUUUAGAAGUGACCACUGUCACUACAGAAGAGAGCACUGUCUCUCCUGAAGAGGCCAGCGUCCGUCCUGAGGAGACCACCACCUCUCCAGAAGUGACCACUGUCACUGCAGAAGUGACCACUGUCACUUCAGAAGUGACCACUGCCUCUCCUGAACAGACCAGCGUCCGUCCUGAGGAGACCACCACCUCUCCAGAAGUGACCACUGUCCCCAAAGCAGUGGUCACUGCUGCCACAGAAGUGACCACCGUCACUUCAGAAGUGACCACUGUCACCACAGAAGUGACCACUGCCUCUCCUGAACAGACCAGCGUCCCUCCUGAGGAGACCACCACCUCUCCAGAAGUGACCACUGUCCCCACAGCAGUGGUCACUGCUGCCACAGAAGUGACCACUGUCACUGCAGAAGUGACCACUGCCUCUCCUGAACAGACCAGCGUCCGUCCUGAGGAGACCACCACCUCUCCAGAAGUGACCACUGUCCCCACAGCAGUGGUCACUGCUGCCACAGAAGUGACCACCGUCACUUCAGAAGUGACCACCGUCACUUCAGAAGUGACCACUGCCUCUUCUGAACAGACCAGCGUCCGUCCUGAGGAGACCACCACCUCUCCAGAAGUGACCACUGUCCCCACAGCAGUGGUCACUGCUGCCACAGAAGUGACCACUGUCACUACAGAAGUGACCACCGUCACUUCAGAAGUGACCACUGCCUCUCCUGAACAGACCAGCGUCCGUCCUGAGGAGACCACCACCUCUCCAGAAGUGACCACUGUCCCCACAGCAGUGGUCACUGCUGCCACAGAAGUGACCACUGUCACUACAGAAGUGACCCCUGUCACUGAAGAAGUGACCACUGCCUCUCCUGAAGAGGCCAGUGUCCCUCCUGAGGAGACCACCACCUUUCCAGAAGAGACCACUUUCCCUCCUGAAGAGACCAGCAUCCCUCCUGAGGAGACUGCCACCCCUCCUGAAGGGACCAUUGUCCCCAAUGAAGAGACGACUGUUCCAGGUGUCUCGAUGAUUGGCAUGGCCCUGGCUACAGGUAUAACUACCACAGAGAGCUGCCCUCCAAAUGCCCACUUGGAAUCGUGUGCAUGCCUUGCAUCCUGCGAGAACCCCAAGCCCCGCUGCCACCCCCCCUGCAGAACUGGCUGUGUCUGCAAUCCUGGAUUUUUGUUUAGUAACUAUCAAUGUAUUAAUGCUUCUUCCUGCAAUUGCUUCUAUAGCAACAAAUAUUAUAAGCCUGGGGAAGAAUGGUUUAGUCCCAAUUGCACAGAACGGUGCCGCUGCUUACCCGGUAGCCGGAUGGAGUGUCAGAUCUCCCAGUGUGCGACUUACACGGUGUGCCUGCGGAAGGCCGGCGAAUACGAAUGCCAGCCCUAUGGUAGUGCCACCUGCCUGGUCUAUGGGGACCUUCAUUUUGUCACCUUUGAUGAGAGGCAUGUUAGCUUCACAGGGACGUGCACCUAUAUCUUGGCCCAAACCUGUGACAACUCCACAGAUUCAUCCUUUAAAAUAACAGCAAGCACCCAAGAACGGGGAGUAGAAGGCGCAGCCUCCCUGGACAAAGUCUUCAUCACUCUGCCGGAGACAACCAUCACCAUGGCCAGUGGUAGACAGACACUGAUUGGAGGCCAGAGAGUCACCCUCCCAGCGAUACCUUCUAAUAACAUCUUUGUGGGUCUGAGUGGGCGAUUUGUGGAGUUGAGGACGACAUUUGGUUUGCGUGUGAAAUGGGACGGUGACCAGCAGCUUUUUAUGACUGUGCCCAGUACCUACUCGAGCAAACUCUGUGGUUUCUGUGGGAACUAUGACGGGGACAGCAGCAAUGAUAACCAGAAGCCAGACGGCACAAGGACACAAGAUGGGGAUGAGCUGGGGAAGAGCUGGCAGCUGGAAGAGGAAGAGAACAAGGAUCUUGUUGACUGCUUGGGUUGGGUCUCUUCCAGGUGUCAGAACAAGAAGAGCCCCCCAUCUUGUGAUGCAGCCUUGGGGAGAACUAUGUCGGGGCUCAAGUUAUGUGGCCAGCUUGUUGAUCCAAGAGGAACCUUUGAGGCAUGCCUGUUCCACAUGAAGGCCUCAUUCUUCUUGGAUAACUGUGCGACGGACAUGUGUAGCUUCCAGGGGCUCCAGCAGACACUUUGUACUCAUAUGUCAGCCAUGACUGCUGUCUGCCAAGAUGCUGGCUAUGCCGUGAAGCCCUGGAGGAGACCCCAGUUCUGCCCCUUGGUCUGCCCUCAAAAUAGCAGGUACUCCCUAUGUGCCAAACCAUGCCCGGACACCUGCCAUCCUGGAUCUGCUCUCCAGCCCUGCCCAGAAAAGUGUGUGGAAGCGUGCGAGUGUGACCCUGGCUUCGUGCUCAGUGGUUCUGAGUGUGUCCCUCAGAUCCAGUGUGGGUGCACCAGCCUUGAGGGACGCUACUUCAAGGUACAGGAACAAUGGUUUAAUCCAGACUGCAAAGAGAUCUGCACUUGUGAUGGCAACAACAGCGUUCGCUGCCGGCCCUGGAAGUGUAGGGCUCAGGAAGUCUGUAGCCAUAAGAAUGGUGUGUUAGGCUGUCACGCCCAAGGUGCAGCCACCUGCAUUGCCUCAGGUGACCCCCACUACCUGACAUUUGAUGGAGCUUUGCAUCAUUUUAUGGGCACCUGCACUUACGUACUGACGCAGCCUUGCUGGUCCAGUGCUCACGACAACAACUUUGUAGUGAGUGUCACCAACGAGGUUCAUGACGGCAACUUGGAAGUCUCCAAUGUCAAAGCUGUCCACGUGCAGGUCUUCGACCUCAAAGUCUCCCUGUUCAAAGGUCGAACGGUCGUGCUGAACAACCAACGGGUAGCACUACCUGUGUGGCCUCUGAAAGGACGGGUGACCAUCAGGUUGAGCGGCAUCUUUGUCCUGCUCUACACGAACUUUGGGCUUCAGGUUCGAUAUGACGGAAAGCACCUGGUGGAGGUGACAGUGCCUUCCUUAUACGCUGGCUUGCUCUGUGGGCUGUGUGGGAACUACAACAAUAACAGUUUGGAUGACAAUCUGCGUCCAGAUGGGAAGCCUGCAGGCAACUCACUUCUUCUGGGAGCAGCUUGGAAAAUACUUGAAGCUUCUGAGCCUGGCUGCUUUGUAGUCGGGGGUAGGUCCUCCAGCUGCCAAGAGAACAGCAUGGACGACGCUUGGACUAAGAAAUGCGCCAUCUUGAUGAACCCUGUUGGACCUUUCUCCAGUUGCCACGAGGCAGUGCCCCCGCAGGCCAGCUUCUCCAGUUGUGUGUACGGUCAGUGUGGGACCAAAGGAGACACCCUGGCCCUGUGCCGCUCCCUGCAGGCCUAUGCAUCGCUGUGUGCCCAAGCUGGCCAAGUGAUUACCUGGCGCAACAGCACCUUCUGCCCUCUGAGGUGCCCACCCAGGAGCAGCUAUAACCCAUGUGCCAACCCCUGUCCAGCCACCUGCCUCACCCUAAGCAGCCCAAGAGACUGUCCAACCCUGCCCUGUGUCGAGGGCUGUGAAUGCCAGACAGGCCACAUCCUGAGUGGAACUACCUGUGUGCCCCUCAGACAGUGUGGCUGCAGUGACCAGGGCGGCUCCUAUCACCUGUUGGGGGAGAGCUGGUACACAGAGAAGACCUGCACCACCCUCUGCACGUGCUCGGUCCACAGCAAUGUCACCUGCACCCAAACGGCCUGUGAGGCCAACCAUGUGUGCUUGCGCCAGAACGGGCUGCUGCGCUGUGCUGCAGAGAUGGGAGAGUGUCAUAUCUCAGAGGAUUCCCAGAUCGUGAGCUUCGAUGGCCAUAGCCAUCCUAUCCAAGAUAUGUGUACUUACAUCAUGGUCAAAGUGUGCCACCCCAGCAUGAACCUGCCUUUCUUCACGAUCAGUGCCAAGGCUGACAAGGAUGCCCGCACUAAACCCAAGACCUUCAGUGUCUAUCAGCUAUAUAUUGACAUCUUCAGCUUCCGAGUCACUCUGCAAAAGCGCCAUUCAGUCCUGAUCAAUGACACGCUGGUCACCCUUCCUGCCACGACCCAGAUCCCAGGAGUCAGCAUCACGACCGAAGACGUCUACACCAUUGUCACAAUUAAGGAUGAAGUUCAAGUCAAAUUUGAGAGCAACAAUUUCUUAGAUAUCAAAAUCCCUGCAUCCUCUAAUGGAAAGGUCUGCGGUGUGUGUGGGAAUUUCAAUGGUGAAGAAGAGGAUGAACUCAUGACAUCCAGUGAUGAACUAGCCCAGGAUGAGCAGGAGUUCAUGGACAGCUGGAAAGAUAAGCACAUCGACCCAAAUUGCCAGAAAAUUGAAGAGCAGAAUAUCCAAGUGGCACAACAGGAGAUCAUGAACGGAAACUGCAGGCCCACUGACUUCGAGAAAGCCCAAGCAAACUGCCAGACUGCUCUCCAGGGUCCUACCUGGGCCCAGUGUGCUUCCCGGGUAUCCCUUAAGCCCUUCCUGCUGGGAUGUAUGAACAACUUCUGUGAAUUUAGAGAACUCUUCCGUGCCCUCUGUGAGGCCCUGCAGUCCUUCCAGGAUGCCUGCCAAAAACAGGGGCUCAAGCCACCUAUCUGGAGGAACAGCAGCUUCUGCCCUCUGGAAUGCCCUGCUCACAGCCACUACACAAACUGCCUUCCUUCCUGUCCACCUUCCUGCUUGGACCCAAACAGCCGCUGCGAGGGCUCUGGCCACAAAGUCCCCUUCACCUGCAAGGAGGGCUGUAUCUGCCAACCGGGCUACGUGCUGAAUAAUGAUAAGUGUGUGCUCAAGACUCACUGUGGCUGCAAAGACGCCCAGGGUGUCUUCGUCCCAGAAGGCAAGAACUGGAUCUCCAGUAGCUGUACCCAGAACUGUGUCUGCAUUGGCGGGGCCAUUGAGUGCCAGAAUUUUCAGUGUCCCUCAGGAGCUCAGUGCCAGGACAAUGAAGAUGGCAGCAGCAAAUGCGUCAAAAUCACUCUGCAGUGCCCGGCCCACAGCCGCUACACCAACUGCCUUCCCCCAUGUCCUCCUUCCUGCUCCAACCUGGAGGGCCACUGCGAGGGCACCAACCCCAAGGUGCCAUUCGCUUGCAAAGAAGGCUGCAUCUGCCACCCCGGCUUUGUGCUCGAUAAGAACAAGUGCGUGCCCAGAACUCACUGUGGCUGCAAAGACACCCAGGGCGCCUUCAUCCCAACAGGCAAGACUUGGAUGUCCACAGGCUGCACCCAGAGCUGUGCCUGUGUGAGAGGGGCCAUCAGGUGCCGGAAUUUCCAGUGUCCCCCGGGGACUCACUGCAAGGACAGCAAUGAUGGCAGCAGUAACUGUGUCAAAAUCACUCUGCAGUGCCCAGCACACAGCCAGUACACCAACUGCCUUCCUGCCUGCCUGCCUUCCUGCCUGGACCCGGAAGGACACUGUGAGAGCGCCAGGACCAAGGCCCCCUCCCCCUGCAAGGAGGGCUGUGUCUGCCAACCUGGCUUUGUGCUGCAUGAUGACAAGUGUAUGCUCAAAAUUGAGUGUAGCUGCCAAGACACUCAGGGUGCCUUCAUCCCAGUGAGCAAGAGCUGGAUCUCCAGAGGCUGUUCCCGGAGUUGUAACUGCAUGGGAGGGGUCAUUCGAUGCCAGAAAUUCAAGUGUCCCUCAGGGACUUUCUGCCUGGACAAUGAAGAUUAUACCAGUAACUGUGUCAAAACCACUGUGCAGUGCCCCGCCCACAGCCACUAUACCCACUGCGUGCCAUUUUGUCUGGCUUCCUGCUCAGACCCAGAAGGCCACUGUGAGGGGAUCAGCACCAAAGCCCCCUCCACCUGCAAGGAGGGCUGUGUCUGUGAACCUGGCUUUGUGCUGCAUGACGGCAAGUGUGUGCUCAGAACUGAGUGUGGCUGCAAGGACGUCCAGGGUGCGCUCAUCCCGGCAGACAAGACCUGGAUCAACAGAGGUUGCACCCAGACCUGUGCCUGCGUGGGAGGGGCCAUCCAUUGCAGGAAUUUCCAGUGUCCCUUGGGGACUUACUGCAAGGACAUCAAGGAUGGCAGCAGUAACUGCACCAAAAUCACACUGCAGUGCCCGGCCCACAGCCUAUUCACCCACUGCCUUCCCUCCUGCCUGCCUUCUUGCUCCAACCCGGAUGGCCACUGUGAGGGAGUCAGCACCAAAGUGCCUUCAACCUGCAAGGAGGGCUGCCUCUGUCACCGAGGCUUUGUGUUUAACGAGGACGAGUGUAUACCCAGACUUCAGUGUGACUGCAAAGACUCCAGGGGUUAACUCUUACCGCACAGCAAGACCUGGAUCUCCAGAGGCUGCACCCAGAGCUGCGCCUGCGUGGAAGGGGCCAUCCAGUGCCAGGACUUCCAGUGUCCCCCGGGGAGCUAUUGCUUUGACAGCAAUGAUGGCAACAGCAGCUGCGCCAGAAUCACUCUGCAGUGCCCAGCCCACACCGUCUACACUAACUGCCUUCCCUCCUGCCUGGCUUCCUGCUCGGACCCAGAUGGCCUCUGUAGGGGCAUCAGCCAUAAAGCCCCCUCCACCUGCAAAGAAGGCUGUACCUGUGAACCUGGCUAUGUGCUGCAUAAUGACAAGUGUAUGCUCAGAAUUCACUGUGGCUGCAAAGACGCCCAGGGUGCUCUCAUCCCGGCAGAUAAGACCUGGAUCAACAGAGGCUGCACCCAGACCUGCACCUGCGUAGGAGGGGCCAUCCUGGCAGGACUUCCGGUCCCUCAGGGAACUUACUGCAAGGACUUCGAAGAUGGCAACAGUAAAUGCACCAAAAUCACUCUGCAGUGCCCAGCACACAGCCUAUUCAUCAACUGCCUUCCCUCCUGCCAACCUUCCUGCUCGGACCCUGAUGGCCGCUGUGUGGGAUCCAGCACAAAAGGUCCCUCCACCUGCAAAGAGGGCUGUGUCUGUGAAUCCGGCUACGUGCUGAAUGACGGCAAGUGUGUGCUCAGAAAUCACUGUGGCUGCAAGGACGCCCAGGGUGCGCUCAUCCCGACAAACAAGACCUGGGUCAACAGAGGCUGCACCCAGAGCUGUACCUGCGUGGGAGGGGUCAUCCUGUGCAGGAAUUUCCAGUGCCCCUCGGGGACUUACUGCAAAAACAUGGCGGAUGGCAACAGCAACUGUACCAAAAUCACUAUGCAGUGCCCCUCCCACAGCCACUACACCUACUGUGUGCCAUUUUGUCUGGCUUCCUGCUCAGACCCAGAAGGCCACUGUGAGGGGAUCAGCACCAAAGCCCCCUCCACCUGCAAGGAGGGCUGUGUCUGUGAACCUGGCUUUGUGCUGCAUGACGGCAAGUGUGUGCUCAGAAAUCACUGUGGCUGCAAGGACACCCAGGGUGUGCUCAUCCCGGCAGACAAGACCUGGAUCAACAGAGGCUGCACCCAGAGCUGCACCUGCACAGGAGGGGCCAUCCUGUGCAGGAACUUCCAGUGUCCCUCAGGGACUUACUGCAAGAACAGGGAUGAUGGCAGCACUAAUUGCACCAAAAUGACUCUGCAAUGCCCUGCCCACAGCCAGUUUACGGACUGCCUUCCCUCCUGCCUGCCUUCCUGCUCCAACCACUGUGAGGUCACCAGCCCCAGAGUCCCCUCCAGCUGCAAGGAGGGCUGUGUCUGUCAACCUGACUUUGUGCUCAAUGAGGACAAGUGUGUACCCAGAACUGAGUGUGGCUGCAAAGAUGCCAAAGGUGCUCUCAUCCCGGCAGGCAAGACUUGGAUCUCCAGAGACUGCACCCAGAGCUGUGCCUGCACAAGAGGGACCAUCCAGUGCCAGAAUUUCCAGUGUCCCCCAGGGACUCACUGCAAGGACAACAAUGAUGGCAGCGGCAACUGUGCUAAAAUCACUCUGCAGUGCCCAGCACACAGCCUAUUCAUCAACUGCCUUCCCUCCUGCCAACCUUCCUGCUCGGACCCUGAUGGCCGCUGUGUAGGAUCCAGCACAAAAGGUCCCUCCACCUGCAAGGAGGGCUGUGUCUGUGAAUCCGGCUACGUGCUGAAUGACGGCAAGUGUGUGCUCAGAAAUCACUGUGGCUGCAAGGACGCCCAGGGUGCGCUCAUCCCGGUGAACAAGACCUGGGUCAACAGAGGCUGCACCCAGAGCUGUACCUGCGUGGGAGGGGUCAUCCUGUGCAGGAAUUUCCAGUGCCCCUCGGGGACUUACUGCAAAAACAUGGCGGAUGGCAACAGCAACUGUACCAAAAUCACUGUGCAGUGCCCCGCCCACAGCCACUACACCCACUGCGUGCCAUUUUGUCUGGCUUCCUGCUCAGACCCAGAAGGCCACUGUGAGGGGAUCAGCACCAAAGCCCCCUCCACCUGCAAGGAGGGCUGUGUCUGUGAACCUGGCUUUGUGCUGCAUGAUAGCAAGUGUGUGCUCAGAACUGAGUGUGGCUGCAAGGACGUCCACGGUGCGCUCAUCCCGGCAGGCAAGACUUGGAUCUCCAGAGACUGCACCCAGAGCUGUGCCUGCACGGGAGGGACCAUCCAGUGCCAGAAUUUCCAGUGUCCCUCAGGGACUCACUGCAAGGACAACAAUGAUGGCAGCAGCAACUGUGCAAAACUCACUCUGCAGUGUCCAGACAACAGCCACUACACCGACUGCCUUCCCUCCUGCCCACCCUCUUGCUUAGACCUGGAGGGCCACUGUGAAGGCACCAGUCCCAGAGUGCCCCCAAUUUGCAAGGAAGGCUGCCUCUGCCACUCUGGCUUUGUGCUCGAUAAGGACAAGUGUAUACCCAGAAUUCAGUGCGACUGCAAAGAUGCCCAGGGUGCUCUCAUCCCGGCAGGCAAGACCUGGACUCCUAGAGGCUGCACUGAGAGCUGUACCUGCACAGGAGGGACUGUCCAAUGCCGGAAUUUCCAGUGUCCUUCGAAGACUUACUGCAAGGACAACCACGAUGGCAACAGUAACUGUGUGAAAAUCACUCUGCAGUGCCCGGCCCACAGCAGCUUCACGGACUGCCUUCCCUCCUGUCAACCUUCCUGCUUUGACCCUGCUGGCCGCUGUGAGGGAAGCAGCCCUAAAGUCCCUUCCUGCAAGGAGGGCUGCGUCUGUCAACCCGGCUAUGUGCUGGGUAGUGACAAGUGUGUGCUCAAAAUUGAGUGUGACUGCAAAGACGCCCAGGGUGCUCUCAUUCCGGCAGGCAAGACCUGGAUCUCUGCAGGCUGUACCCAGAGCUGCACCUGUGUGGGAGGCGCCAUCCAGUGCAGGAAUUUCCAGUGUCCCCAAGGGACUUACUGCAAGGGCAGCAAUGAUGGCAGCAGUAGCUGUGCUGAAAUACCUCUACAAUGCCCCGCCCACAGCCAUUUCACCAGCUGCCUUCCUUCCUGUCCACCUUCCUGUUCAAUUAUGGAUGGCCACUGUGAGGAAUCCAGCUCCAAAGUCCCUGCAACCUGUAAGGAGGGCUGUGUGUGUCAACCUGGCUACUUAUUGAAUAAUGACAAGUGUGUGCUCCGAAUUCAGUGUGGCUGCAGAGACGCCCAGGGUGACCUCAUUCCUGCAGGCAAGACCUGGCUCAACAAAGACUGCACAGAGAGCUGCAGCUGCAUGGGAGGGACCGUCCAGUGCAGGACUUUCCAGUGUCCCCCAGGGACUCACUGCAAGGACAGCAAUAAUGGCAGCCACAACUGUGUCAAAAUCAGUAAGAGGGUCAUGGGGGAAGGUGGGGAGGGUGUGCUCAUGACUGGUGGAACGAGAGCUCUGCAAUGUCCGGCCCACAGCCGCUACACAAACUGCCUUCCCCCAUGUCCUCCUUCCUGUACUGAUCUGGAGGGCCACUGUGAGGGCACCAGCCCCAAAGCCCCCCCCAACUGCAAGGAAGGCUGCAUCUGCCAACCUGGCUACGUGCUGAAUAACAACAAGUGCGUGCUCCAAAUGCACUGUGACUGCAGAGACGCCCGGGGUGACCUCAUUCCGGCAGGCAAGACCUGGGUCUCCAGUGGCUGCACCCAGAGCUGUACUUGCAUGGGAGGGGUUGUCCAGUGUCGCAGCUUCAACUGCCCUCCAGGGACUCAGUGCCAGAAUGGCCCAGAUGGCAACAUUAACUGCACCAAAAUCAUCAAUGUGAAGUGCCCCGCCCACAGUCGCUACACCAACUGCCUUCCCUCCUGUCCACCUUCCUGCUCAGACCCAGAGGGCCUCUGUGGGGGCACCGUCCCAAAACCCCCCUCCACCUGUAAAGAGGGCUGCAUCUGUCGAUCUGGCUUUGUGCUGCAUAACGGCAAGUGUAUACUCAGAAUUCAGUGCAGCUGUAAAGACGCCCAGGGUGUUCUCAUCCCGGCAGACAAGACCUGGCUCACCAAAGGCUGUACCCAGAACUGUACCUGCAUGGCAGGGGACAUACGUUGCCGGAAUUUCCAGUGUCCCACUGGGACUCACUGCAAGGACAGUGAUGAUGGCAGCAGUAACUGUGCCAAAGUUGCUCUGCAGUGCCCAGACCACAGCUACCACACCAGCUGCCUGCCUUCCUGCAUCCCAUCCUGCUCCAACCUGAACGAACACUGUGAGGUCACCAGCCUCACAGACACCUCCACCUGCAAGGAGGGCUGCCUCUGUCAGUCCGGCUUUGUGUUCAACAGGGACAAGUGUGUACCCAGAAUUCAGUGUGACUGCAAAGACACCCGAGGUGCUCUCAUCCCGGCAGGAAAGACCUGGAUUGCUGCAGGCUGUUCCCAGAGAUGUACCUGCACAGGAGGACUUAUUCAGUGCCGGGGCUUCAAGUGCCCCUCAGGAACUCAGUGCCAGGACAUCGACGAUAACAGCAGCAGUUGUGCUGAAAUCACUGCACAGUGCCCAGCUCACAGUCGCUACACCAGCUGCCUUCCCUCCUGUCUGCCUUCUUGCUCGGACCCAGAGGGCCUCUGCAAGGACACUAGCCCCAGAGCCUCCCCCACUUGCAAGGAGGGCUGUAUCUGUCAAUCUGGCUACAUACUGAGCAGUGACAAGUGUAUUCCCAGAACGCAGUGCAGCUGCAGAGAUGACCAGGGUAACCUCAUCUUGGCAGGCAAGACCUGGAUCUCCAGUGGCUGCACCCAGAGCUGUGCCUGCAUCAAUGGGGCCAUCCAUUGCCAAAAGUUCAGCUGCCCCUCGGAGACCCACUGCCAGCACAGUGAUGAUGGCAGCAGUAACUGUGCCUCCAACACCUUUCAAUGCCCAGCCCACAGCCACUUCACCAACUGCCUUCCUUCCUGUUUACCUUCCUGCUUGAAUCCCGAUGGGCACUGCGAGGGCACCAGCACCAAAGUCCCUGCCGUCUGUAAUAAAGGCUGCCUCUGUCAACCUGGCUACGUGCUGAAUAAUGACGAGUGUGUGCCCAGAAUCCAGUGUGGCUGCAAAGAUGUCCAGGGUGCUCUCGUUCCAGAAAACAAGACGUGGAUCACUGGUGGAUGUACCCAGAGCUGUACCUGCAGGGGAGGGACUGUUCAGUGUCAUAACUUCAAAUGCCCAACAGGGUCCCAUUGCCAGUACAAUAAAGAUGGCAGCAGAAGCUGUGUCGCCAGCGCUCUGAAAUGUCCGGCCCGCAGCCUCUACACCAGCUGCCUCCCGUCCUGUCUACCUACCUGCUCGGACCCCGAGGGCCUCUGCCAGGGCUCCAGCCCCCAGGGUCCCUCCACCUGCAAGGAGGGCUGCGUCUGUCGAUCCGGCUACGUGCUGCAUGACAGCAAGUGUGUGCUCAGAAUUCACUGUGGCUGCAAGGACACCCGGGGCAGCCUCAUCCUGACCGGCCAGACAUGGAUCUCUACUGACUGUACCCGGAUUUGUGUGUGCGAGGAAGGACUCUUUCAAUGCCAGAACUUCCAGUGCCCCUCAGGGACCCACUGCCAACAAUAUCAAGACGGCAGCAGUAACUGUGUCUCCGAUACUCUGCAGUGCCCAGCCAACAGCCUCUACACAAGUUGCCUUCCCUCCUGUCUGCCUUCCUGCUCCAACCCAAAUGGCAGCUGUGAGGGCAUCAGCCCCAAAGUCCCCUCCACCUGCAAGGAGGGCUGUGUCUGUCGACCUGGCUACCUGCUCAAUGAGGACAAGUGUGUACCCAGAAACCAAUGUGGCUGCAAAGAUGCCAAGGGUGACCUCAUCCCGGCAGGCAAGACCUGGAUCUCCAGUGGCUGCACCCAGAGCUGUGCCUGCGUGGACGGGGUUGUUCAGUGCCGGAAUUUCAUCUGCCCCACAGGGUCCCACUGCCAGCACAGUGAUGAUGGCAGCAGUAACUGUGCGGCCAACAAAUUGGAAAAAUGUAGCAUCUUUGGGGACCCCUAUUACCACACUUUUGAUGGCUUCUCCUACCGCUUCCUGGGUCGGAUGAACUACUAUCUCAUAAAGACAAUGGACAAACUCCCCGAGGGGAUGGAGCACCUGGUCAUAGAGGGGCGCAACAAAAUAUCCCCCAAAGGGAGUCCAACCUUGCAUGAAGUGACCACUACCGUCUAUGGCUAUAAAAUACAGCUCCAAGAAGGGCUGGUGGCUUUGGUCAACAAUCAAAAGGUGGCAGUCCCCUACAAUCCAAAUGACCACCUGCGGGUCCUCCUGCGGGCACAGCGGCUGUUUCUCAUCACUGACUUUGAAAUGGUGGUGGACUUCGAUGGGAAGCACAGUGCAGUGAUCUCCUUGCCUACCAUGUACCGUGGGCUGAUACGGGGCCUGUGUGGAAACUAUGAUAAGGACCGAGCCAAUGACUUGAUGUUGCCCAGUGGAACACUCACCUCAAACAUCAAUGUCUUUGGCAACAGUUGGGAGGUGAAGAUGGUGAAAGCCCUCUUCCGAUUGCCAAGGGCCUUACCAGAAGAAGAUGGGGGAGAGGAAGAGUCUGACCCUCUGCCGUCAGAGUGCAGCCCAGAGCAGACAGCGCUCCUCAGCAGCACCCAGGCCUGCAGGGUGGUGGUGGACCCCCAGGGUCCCUUUGCUGCCUGUCACCAGAUUGUAGCCCCAGAGCCCUUCGAGCAGCACUGUAUGUCCGACGUGUGCUCUGGUUGGAAAACCAAGGAAGAAGAGGAGUUUCGAUGCCGGGUCCUCAGUGGAUAUGCAAUCAUUUGCCAGGAGGCAGGUGCCAACACGACUGGCUGGCGGGACCAGACGCACUGUGCCAUGACAUGCCCUGCCAAUACUGUGUACCAGCCCUGUAUGACGCCCUGCCCAGCAUCCUGUGCCAAAUUUGUGACCCCCAAGGCCUGUGAAGGCCCCUGCGUGGAAGGCUGUGCCACCAUCCCAGGCUACAUCUACAGUGAUACUCAGAGCCUCCCAGUGACACAGUGCGGCUGCACCGCCAAAGGCAUCUAUUACAAGCUGGGUGACAGCUAUGUGACUGAUGACUGCUCCCAGCACUGCACCUGCGCCAGCCAGGGGACCCUGCUGUGUGAGCCCUACGGCUGCAGGGCUGGAGAGGCCUGCACCGUGGCCAACUUUACUCGAGGCUGCUUCCGGGAUAGCCCUUGUCUACAGAACCCCUGUCACAAUGAUGGCCGGUGUCAGGAGCAAGGGGACACCUUCAUCUGCCAUUGUGACCUGGGUUAUGGAGGAGAAUUCUGCACAGAACCUCGGGAUAUCCCCUCCAGAAAAAAGCUAGAAUCAUCCAGCUUACUGGCCAUCCUGCCGGGAGUGCUUGUGAUGCUGUUAGUCCCUGUCUUACUGCUUAGAGUGUAUAUUUACGUGAGAACUGCCAUAGCGAGAAGAAGGUGGUAAGUCCUCAUACAGGGAGGGAACGAGGAGAAACUGUUGAGACGAAAUAGACAUAGGCUGGAGGAUACAGAUGUUCCAGAGCCUGCCUUCAAAGCCAUCAAGUUCUGA